AUGAUCCUACAUAGACUGCUUCUGUUGCUGAACCUGGACUGGAAUCGCGAAGUCGAGAUGACAGUGCAGGACUUGGACGUAAGAGCGUUGCCUGGGUACUUCAAAGGGUACUCCGCUAGGGACACGCCCGAGACCAGGCAUAAUGCCACAGAGCUUGACUUCCUGGCGUUUGACGACCAGUUCACCACUUGGAAACAGCUGUACCAGGCCAUUCCCAAGGAUACGGACACCCAUUCCUAUAAGCUUCUCGUGCUGGCCAGACACGGCGAGGGCUACCACAACGCCGCGGAGGCCCGGUACGGCGAGAAAGCCUGGAACGAGUAUUGGUCGAAACUCGAGGGCGACCAGUACGGCAGCUGGCUGGACGCCGAGCUGACGCCGUUGGGGAAGAAACAGGCCCUGGAGGCCGGCCAAACUUACCUGACUAACCUGACUGACGGCCUCCAACUACUACCACAUAAGUUUUUCGUCUCACCAAUGAGACGCUGUCUUGAUACCUACAUCAGAGAAUGGGAGCCGGUGUUCUCCACCCAUAGGCCUUCAAAUGCAACUGUCAACGUAAAAGUCAUCGAGUACUUGAGGGAAACUUUAGGUGUGCACACGUGUGAUGAACGUGUAAGCCACUCCCAGGCUUUGUCAGAAUACCAGGACCACAGGUAUAACAACAGUGAUGUCACUGUCCAUUUCGACUACCCUGGUAAUUACUCGGAGAAGGAUCAGCUAUGGUAUCCCGACCAUAGAGAGACUAAAGCAGAAAUGGAUAGAAGAACAAGAAUAGGGUUGCGUGAGAUGUUCUCAAGUGUCAAUACUACGGACAAGGUGAUAUCAUUGACAUGCCAUUCCGGUGUUAUCGCCAGUGUGCUGAGAAACAUAAAACACCCAGCUAUAGACCACUUGCAAACGGGGAAACUUGUAUAUGCUGUGGUAGAGCUAUCUAAGGCGCCUACAGAUGAUCAACCAAUGCUUGUUGUGUCAUAA